GGUCUCGAUAAGUUGAUGCUCCUUCGCCUGGUUAUGCUCGCGUUUCUAAACAGCAGAAUUGGUGUAAACUUGAUGUGGCAGACGCAUAAGAGCAACGAUCGGUGAGCUCUAAUGGCCACACUGCCGAAAGGAUCAAUCGAGAAGCUUUUGCGUGAGGUGGUGGGCGACGACGUGCCGAUCUCGAAGGAGACGAUCGACUGGGUCAACGAGUGUGCUGGGGAGCUCUUACGGGUGAUCGGACUUGAGGCCAACACAAUUGCUGAGAAUGCUUCAAAGAAAGAGAAUUAUCGUAUCUCACAGGAGCAUGCGAUGGCUGCGUUGGAGGUAGCAGAGAACGGCUUGGAUAAUCGAACUAAUGCAUUUUUAUUGACUAGGCGUGUUCUGAUGCAGAACCUUGGGAUGCAGCGAUAUGCACAAGAAAUCCAGGAGCUUCAAGGAUCGAUGGCGCUAGAGUCGCAGGUGAAUAAGGCUCAGAGGUCACAACAGCUCUGCCAUUUGGUUAACGCCGUUGUUGUUGCAGAAGAUGAAAGAGCGGAUAGCGUCUCGGAAGGCAGCUGCGAAAACCACCUCACGCGACGAGUUGUUGGCUGAACAGACGGCAUUGUUCAAGCAAGCGUCGUUGAAGGCAAGCAGAGAGGGGUGGUAAACAGCGGCUAAGGUCAUAAGCCUGCAACAACUGGGUAUGGAGGAACAUGCAAAAUAUAUGCACGAUGGUCCAGCAAUAUCCCAUUCAACAUUAUGAUCACCACCAUUUUGAAGAUAUUGAUGACAAUUCACGAACGAGGAUAUUUUGCGGAUACGAUCGUUCUCCUUUUUAGUUUGAGCAGGGCCGGUAGCGCUCACUUGAAUUCAACAAUGACGCCUCGAUGAUCAGACGCAUAUAUGGGGCUCGACGCGUGCAGCAUGCCGACAUCAUCCGGGAAGUCCUUAGUGUCUUCUGUGGGCUCUUGGCCAAUGAUCUUGCACUCCUUCACCUGUCCUUCACCACGGUACAGCACGAAGUCGAUACGCUUUGAUGGGUUGUCGCUAGGGAACGUGAACUUGUGCUGACGGUCGUCCAGGUCUG